UCACGUUUAUCUGCCACACCCAAAAACAAUUAUUACAUAGCAAAGCUUUCUCUGGCUCUGCAGUAACUGGAAUUUUUUUAUUUUUUUUCUUCAUUAACUGAUCUCAGCCAUGUUUAUCUUCUUCCUCAUUAUGAUUCUCUCUCUAACUCUCCUUCUCGUAUCUUACUUUCUUUCACUGUUACUCGAACACCAACAUAGAAAAUUCGGCAGCACAUCCCCUUUUGACCAUCAUGGUCUCGCUUCUUAUCCGAUCAUCGGCUGUUUGAUCUCGUUUUACAAAAACCGGCUCCGUCUUUUGGACUGGUACACCGAGCUCUUGUCAUCUUCACCGACGCAAACCAUUUUAGUUCAGCGCUUGGGUGCAAGGAGGACUGUUGUGACGGCGAACCCUGCUAACGUUGAAUACGUCUUGAAGACCAACUUCAACAACUUCCCGAAAGGGAAGCCCUUCACUGAAAUCCUCGGUGAUCUUCUCGGCUAUGGUAUUUUCAACGUUGACGGUGAAUUGUGGUCAACGCAGCGUAAGUUAGCUAGCCAUGAGUUCAGCACGAAGUCUCUGAGAGAAUUCGUGGUCAAAACCCUUGAAGAAGUAGUUCAAGAACGGUUGAUUCCGUUGCUUGACGAAGCAGCAGAGAGCAAAAGAAUCUUGGAUUUACAAGAGGUUUUAAGGAGAUUCGCGUUCGAUACGAUUUGUAAAGUCUCACUUGGGACCGAUCCAUUCUGUUUGGAUUUAUCACGGCCGGUACCGGAUUUAGUAAAAGCUUUCGAUGUCGCGUCGGAGAUCUGUGCCCGGCGAGGAAGUGCACCGGUGUUUUUAGUGUGGAAGAUGAAGAAGCUUCUUGGAAUUGGAUCCGAGAAGGUGCUGAAGAAGGAGCUGAAACUCAUAUAUGGAUGCGUUGCUGAUAUCAUACAAAACAAGAGAAAGAAACUCCUCGAAGAAAAUGAUGAUGAUCAUGGGGAGAAGAAAUGGGGGAGUAGCGAUUUGUUGUCGCGGCUGUUAAUGGCUGGACAUGGCGAGGAAGUCGUGAGAGACAUGGUGAUAAGCUUUAUUAUGGCCGGAAGAGACACCACGUCGGCGGCGAUGACGUGGCUUUUCUGGUCGCUUUCGGAGAAUCGAAACGCGGAGAAAAUGGUUAUCGAUGAAGUCGAAAAAGUGCUUGACAAUGGUGGAGCUGCUGCUGCAGCAUUAGACUAUGAGGCUCUGCAAGAGAUGAAAUUUUUGAAAGCUUGCUUAUGCGAGUCCAUGAGGCUUUACCCUCCCGUGGCUUGGGACUCGAAGCACGCUGAAAACGACGACGUUUUGCCCGACGGAACUCCGGUGAAGAAAGGUGAUAGAGUCACGUACUUUCCAUAUGGAAUGGGGAGGAUGGAGGAGCUUUGGGGGAUGGACCGGCUGGAGUUUAAACCGGACCGUUGGUUUGAUGAAUCAAGAGCUUUCAAACAGGUUGAUCCGUACAAAUAUCCUGUUUUUCAGGCCGGUCCGAGGGUGUGUCUUGGGAAAGAAAUGGCUUUCACUCAGAUGAGGUAUGUCAUGGCUUCUGUAUUGAAGCGGUUUGAAAUCAGACCGGUUUGUGUGGACCGGCCGGUUUUUGUUCCUCUGUUGACGGCUCACAUGGCUGGUGGACUGAGGGUCUCAGUUGCAAAACGUGGCUGAAAUAAACGUCUUCUUUUUUAUUUUAUUUUUGUAUUUUUAAUGUAAUUAAAAUUGGCAUAGUCCUUUGUAAAUAAUUUGCCAAUAUGUAAUGAAUUUAUAAUUUGGUUUUGAGAAUUUAGAA